AUGGACAACAUGCCUACCUCGAUCGCCAUUCCCGACCAGCGCCAUCGCCAGGCGAACCGCCAGGAUGGCUCGUCGCCGUCGUCGUACUCUAGCUCCCCGAGCACGCCAGGCCACUCUCCCAAGGCCUCACCUAGGGCUCCUCAGAAGCAAAAGGUGCACGCCAGACGACCCAGCCUUUUGAGCUCUGCUUUCACCAAGCAGGAGUGCACGACCAUCCGGAUUGGCGGCGAGGAUCACGAAGGACCCAUGAGACUGGUGACCUACCUCGAGAGGGGACAAGGCUUCGUCUGGAAUCCCGAAAUCUUCCUGCCAUCCAUGAGCGACUUUGAAUACACCCCGCUCGACCAGCGCCGUGAUCCCAUCGUCGAGAUCCACAUCAGUGACGAGGAGAUCAAGAAGAUGCUGCCUCAAUAA